AAGAAGAAAAAAAGAAGGGAAACUGCAGAGCAGAUGAGCGAUCCCCGUUUCCAAGAAUAAAAGUAAGGUUUUUCAUCCUCCUCCAACCUCCUCCUUUCUAUUCCCUUUCUUUAUUUCACCAACUUCCCACAGAAGAAGAAGAAGAAGAAGAAGAAGAAGAAGAAGAAGAAGAAGCCAGGAUAAGAAGAGGAGCUUUCGAUUCCAGAAGGAAGCUCAGAGAGUGACAGAAAGUGACAUAUAAUUUCAAGGGAGCUGCUCUUUGAUCUUCUUUCCUGGAAUCGAAUUUUCCUGGGGUUUUGUUUUCCCGUGCAAAUCCUCAUCACUUGGGGGGUUUUUCAUUCAUGGGUGGUUGUCUUGGAUGCUACACGAAGCCGAAACUAAAAUCUGAGCUGAAUGAACCAUCGAAAGGUCAACAAAUCCAAUGUCGUGGAUUAAGGAAACCCAGCCUAUCAGAGGAUUUCUGGACUACUAGUACAUUUGAUGUGGACAACAGUGCAGGUCAAUCACAAGGAAGUAUGUCAUCGAUGAGUACAAUCAACCAGAUGCACGAUCCACAUGGUAGCUCGGGCAAUAUACCCAACCCUUCAGAGUUUAUAAAUCAUGGCCUGCUUCUGUGGAAUCAAACUAGACAACGCUGGACAGGGAAUAAACGAUCCGAAAACCGAGCACCGCAGUUUCAAGAACCCAAGUUAGAUUGGAAUGCAACCUAUGAAAGUUUACUAGGGAGCAACAAGCCAUUUCGUCAACCUAUUCCGCUUGGAGAAAUGGUAGAUUUUCUUGUGGAUGUAUGGGAACAAGAAGGGUUGUAUGAUUGAUUAAUUUGAAGGGAGUCGCAGUGUCAAGGGCUUCAUUUGAACCAUUGAAAUCUGCCUUGUAUUUGCUGAAACGCAUUCAAAUUAACGUUUUCCCUGCCGCCUGCCUGCCUAUUUUUGGUGCUUGGUUUGUUUCUCUCUUAAUGCCUUGGUUUGGUAAUUGCUGUAGAGUUUUUAUAUCUUUACUCUGUUGUAGAAAAUUCAGCUGUGAUGGAAAUUACUAUUUUUGCAAAUUAUUUUCUUUCCUCCAAAUAAUGAUGAACAGAUCUCGAGCAUAAAUUUUCCCUGAGAA